AUGGGGCUAAGCGGGGCCUGGCGCAUCUCCGCGUCAGACUUUGACACCAUUACUUCCCGCGCCGGUGUCACGCACACAGACGCCCUGCGCGCCCUCCUGCCCCAGGCGCGGACGCUCUCCGUCGCACCCAUCAGCAACUUCAACGUCGGCGCAGCCGUCCUCGGCGCCUCGGGCAAUGUCUACCUCGGCGCCAACAACGAGCACACCCGUGUGAGCAUCGCCGCCUGCGUCCACGCGGAGCAGUGCGCGCUGGCCAACACGUUCCUUGGCCACGAGGAGGCCGUCAGGGCCAUCGCCAUCACCGCCAUGCCCUGCGGCCACUGCCGCCAGUUUAUCAACGAGCUCCCAAACGCCAAGGACAUCACCAUCCUCGUCGACAACCACGACCCGCUGAAGUUUGAGGCGCUCCUGCCGCACAGCUUUGGCCCCUCGGACCUUCACGCAGACCCCAUCCACUUUCUCUCCCACCCAAGGACCCCGCUGCGCGUGCUGGCUGCGCCAACAGUGGUGCCCGGCAGCGGAAAGGAUGCGGAUGCGGCGGUGGCGCCCAAGGCCGCCGUGGAGAGCGCCGUGGCCGCAGCGGAGGCGUCGUACUCGCCCCACACCCUCUCCCACGCGGGUCUGGUCCUGGUGAUUGGCGACAAGCACGUGCGCGGGAGCUACGUGGAGAACUGCGCUUUCAACCCGUCGCUGCCGCCGCUGCAGAUGGCGCUCAUCAACGCGCGCAUGCAGCAGCUCGACUGCCGCGCGGCGGAGGCCGUGGUGCUGGCGGAGCGCGAGCACGAGGUGGCGGUGUCGCACGUGGACGCGACGCUGGCGCUCAUGCGGUCGGUCGGUAUCCGCGCACCGCUCACACACGUGCAGCUGCAGUGCCGCGGCGACGGCGAGAGUGGACACGCACGGCAGCGUGAUUGCGAUGGUGCUGAUGGUGACAAGAGUGAGGAGAGCAGGUCGCCGGGCACCACAAGUGACGAGGGGCCGAGCAGGGGUGAGGAGGGAGACCAGACGCAGGGCUGA